AUGGAACCAUUGAAGUUAUCUCGCCUUCUUUCCCGAGCCAAAAUCUUGCUGUCCUGGAGACUUUUAUCUACUGGUGUCUCUGGCUCUCAGAAAGCUGCGACCAGGAAGGAUGAGUUCAGUUCCAGGCUGGCUGCAGGCCCACAUCUUAAAGAGUUUAUUGCUAGCACUACUCCAGCAGUGGCUGUGCCUCCACCUGUAGAAGAUGAUGUACCUCAUUAUAUCACUGACUGUUCUUCACCACCAGUGAAUAAUAAAGUAUAUUUUGAGACGUAUGGAUGUCAGAUGAACGUGAAUGAUACAGAAAUUGCCUGGUCUGUCUUACAGAAAAAUGGAUACGUCAGGAUUAAUACAGCAGCUGAGGCUGAUGUGAUCCUUCUGGUUACAUGUUCAAUCAGAGAAAAAGCAGAACAGACCAUUUGGAACCGUCUGAAGCAACUUGCACAUCUCAAGAGAACUCGAAAUAAAUCUCAAGGUCCUUUGAGGAUAGGACUGUUAGGAUGUAUGGCAGAACGCCUGAAAGAGGAAAUCCUUCAAAGAGAGAAGCUGGUGGAUGUACUAGCUGGUCCUGAUGCCUAUCGUGAUUUGCCUCGACUUCUUGGUGUGGCAGAAACAGGCCAGCAAGCUGCCAAUCUUCUCCUUUCCUUAGAUGAGACCUAUGCUGACAUCAUGCCCGUGCAAACAUCUGCAAACAGUAUUUCUUCUUUUGUCUCCAUCAUGCGAGGAUGUGAUAACAUGUGCACUUACUGCAUAGUCCCCUUCACUCGUGGCCGAGAGCGAAGCCGCCCAGUCCACUCCAUCCUGGAAGAAAUUAGGAUGUUGUCUGAGCAGGGAGUAAAGGAAGUAACUUUACUAGGUCAAAAUGUCAACAGCUACCGCGACAUUUCUUCAGUCCAGUUCCCUGCUUCAGAAGCAUCUCAUCUGAGCCGUGGUUUUAGUACAAUUUACAAGCCCAAAAAGGGGGGGCUGAGGUUUGUGGAGCUUUUGGAUCAAGUCUCCAGGAUAGAUCCAGAAAUGAGGAUACGAUUUACCUCUCCGCAUCCAAAGGACUUUCCAGAUGAGGUCCUUCACUUACUAAGCGAAAGGCAUAAUAUCUGCAAACAGAUCCACAUUCCUGCUCAGAGUGGAAGUAACAGGGUUUUAGAAGCCAUGAGAAGAGGAUAUAGCAGAGAAGCUUAUAUUGAUCUGAUUCAUAAUAUAAGAGAACACAUUCCAGGUGUGAGCCUCAGCAGUGAUUUUAUUACUGGGUUCUGCCAGGAGACUGAGGAAGAUCAUCAAGAAACUGUUUCCCUGCUAAGAGAGGUGUCCUACAACUCAGCUUUUAUAUUUGCCUACAGCAUGAGGAAGGUAGAUUGACA